AUGAAUUGCACUCACCAUAUUCAAAAUCAGAUUACUCUGAUAUGUAAAGCUCCUCAUAAGUGCUAAUGCUAAAGAAAAAUUUGCGUGGAAUGCCAAUAUGAACAUGGAGUAGAUUUUAAGCAUACAAUUCCUUUAAAAAUAUUUAGAGAGAUGGCUAUGAAGAAAUUAAAUGAUUCCAACCUUAAUGAUACAACCGAGUUAAAAAAAUAGAGAUUGGCCUUUAAAUCAUUGCUCUCUCAAACCGAAUAAAUGCUCAAGAAAAUUUGGGAGGAGUUGUCACAAUCAAUCAAAUAAGUUUACGAUUGGAUUGAAAAGGAAAACUAAUCAUACUUAAACCUCCUCAAUGAAAACACUAAUCUAGCUGAAUCCUCUUACACAGACUUAGAAAAAUUAGUCAAUAUUGUAGAAGGUACAACUUUAAAUGAUUGGGAUACUUCCAAGAAUUCUUAUAUGAAGGAGUUAGAUAAAACUAAGAGCUGGUGGGACCAACACAUAAAGGCUUUUAUUGAGAAGUCUGACUAAGGAAUCAAAUAGAUUCAAUCAUUAAUUAAGUAAGUAUUAUAAAUCUUAUCUCUAGGGAAGAUGAAGAAGAAGUUUAUUAAAUGAAAGAAGAUCUUUGUGAGAUGCUAACUUACAUCCAGGAUAUAGAUGAAACUCUCUAUUAGAAGGUUCUUGAAAUACUUAGAAAAGAGAAAGUUUAAGACAUUAUUGGAUUUCUGUCGAAGAUAAACAAUUAUCAGUUUUAUGAAUCUUUAAACUACAAGUAAGAGAAUAUAAAGGAGAUCAAGAAGUAAGUAAAGAAAAU